UCCUCCGGAGGCCCGGGGAGCGGGGAUGUCCCGCAAGCAGGCGGCCAGGGCCCGGCCCGCCGGCCGCAGGAGGGCCCCGAGCCCCGCAGCGGGCGGAGGAGGCCUCGCCAGGCAGCUCCGGGCCCUCGGCCUCAAGCUGCGGGAGGUGCCGGGCGAUGGCAAUUGUUUGUUCCGGGCCCUCGGUGACCAGCUUGAGGGACACUCCCGAAACCACCUCAGACAUCGCCAGGAAACGGUGGACUACAUGAUAAAGCAGCGGGAGGAGUUUGAACCCUUUGUGGAAGACGAUGUUCCCUUUGAGAAACAUGUUACCAACUUGGCAAAGCCGGGUACCUUUGCUGGCAACGAUGCUAUUGUGGCCUUUGCAAGGAACAAUCAAAUCAAUGUGGUUAUUCAUCAGCUUAAUGCUCCACUGUGGCAGAUUCGAGGCACGGAGAAAAACAACGCGAGGGAGCUGCACAUUGCAUAUCGGUAUGGAGAGCACUAUGACAGCGUGAGGAGAAUCAACGAUGACUCAGAAGCUCCAGCAUAUCUUCAGAUGGAGAUGCUUUCCAAAAACGAUGCAAAUGAGGAGGAAAUGAAGCCAGAGAAGAGUGGCUCUGAAGAUGAGAUUGAAGUUGAAAAGGAAGCUGCUAUACAAAAAGUGUGCAGUGCAACUGGAUGUUCAGACGUUGAGCUAGUCAGCCAGGUUCUGAAAGUGGAAGACUACAACGUAGAUUCUGCAAUAUUUGCCAUCCUUCAAGUGAAGGAAAUGGAAGGAAUCGGUGCUGAGGAGCAGCGCGAUCCUCAGAGCAAAGGUCAGAAAUCGUGUACCUCAGCCCUGUGGGACGGUAACAGAAGUGGUUCAAGAAUCUUCGGAAAUCAGAGUUUGCAUCAAGAUGAAAUAGAAAACCACAAAGGACUGGCUAAAUCUAAUGAAGAUAGUCGAUCCAGCAAAAACCCCAAGGUAUCAAAAAAACUAAAGAAGGAACAGCAGCGGCUGGAGAAAAAGAAGAGACAGGAAGAAAGGCACCGACAAAAGGUCUUGGCCAACAAAAGCAACUGUGCAGAUAACAAUAAGAGAGAGAUGGACUCGGAUAACCAGAUCACCUUGGUGAAGGCCAUGACAGCUCUAAACAUAUGACUGAAUGUUCUGAGCAUUCUGGUGAGAAAAGCAAAGGAAACUGAUCGAGACAAAACUCCUCUUAAGCAAAUUUCCAAGCACCCACUGUCAUCCUGAAAUCAGUUUCUGCAGAGAUCUCUGAGCACAUAGGAACUUUGUUUCUUCGUUUGCAGGGCAGUUACUCAGUAAUUCUACAUAACUUGUGUGAAAGAGAGUUUUAAACUUAACAAAAACGUAGAGGUUUGUUUUUGUUCUUAUGGAGUUAGGUUAAGGUGAGAACCUUUUCCUCACACAGCAAUGCCAGACUUGCUUUGAGAUCUCUUGAUGUGCUUGGUUAUUGCUUAGAGGAGAUUUAUUUUACCUUACCGUCAGGGAAAGCGUUAACAGUUCUCAACUCAGGAACACACUUUUUAUUUUUUUCUGUUAAAAUUUAAAAAGUUAGGGAACAGAGGAACAAAAUCCUUCCAAAAACGAAGUGUCAGCCAACACUAUCAAACAUAAUACUCCUCUUUUCUUUCUCAUCCAAGAGAGUUAAACCAGUGGGCUCCUGGGACUGCAGAGCCAGUUCUUCUGAUCUAUAAAGUCUAAUGAGGUCGUAAUAUGAUACACUACAAGCGGGCAUGAGAUUUCUGCUGAGUGCUGUGACUUGUACAAGCCAGGAACUUGAUCGUUCUUCGUCUCUAAAUGAAAUUUGUAUAGCCAACGGGUUGAGAGUUCUGGGAACAAGCUUCCAAGCAGCAGCGAUCACUGGGAAGCCUGCCUGCUUCACUCUUCAUAAAUCAAGCUUUUUCCAGAAUAGGAUUUUCAUCUUAAAUUCCUCUUGCCUAUGGUCACUAGGUACUGUAGAAUGUAUAGCUUGAAUCCUGCGGUGCUUUUAUAGGGAAUUUGGACUGAAGUGUAAGGACUGCAGGAUUUGGCCCUAAAUUUAUGGCUUGCAGUAUUUCAGCCUCAUUCAGGUUUUGGUCUUGCAUCAAGCACUGGGCUUUAAGAAAGCACGUGCACUUACACAUAGUAGACAACAGGAGGCACUUCAUUAGCAGGGGCAGAGAUUAAAUAAUUUUUUUCAAAGUAAGGAGCAUUGUUGUUUUUCUUCAAAUCUAUACAUUCUUCAGAGCUUCCAAAUCGAUAUGGAAAUGCCUUUUUUUGACUGAAAUGCCAAAACCUGAGGUAGUAUUUCUUCAUGUGCUCUGCUACUGAUCUUGACAGAGUACUUGAACAAUAAAAAGGAAGGAGCUUUACUUUAAAUACUGAUGGUGUAGGCGAACAGGCUUGAAUGCUUGUUAAAAAGUUACUUUGGUUCCUGUAACGAGCUUGGCAGAAAUAAAAAGGAAUAUAAAACAGCUCUUACGCUUUAUGGAGGGACAGCGUCUGGGAAGUGAAGAAGCAUACUGCGUGCUGUUGUAAGUGCCUGUGGUAGGCAUUAGAAAUUACUGCAGAGGGAAAUCUGAAUAGUAUCUGGCAGGUAGCAGAACCUGGAUGAGCCUCGGAUUUUCAGUGCUGUUUGACAAUCGGUAAAAUCCAUUUUGUGCUAACCGUUAGUUGACCCGUUAGCAAUGUUACUUCUGGAAUUCUCUUUCCCCCUUGACUUUUACAAAAGUGGAAAGAAUGGACGGAUAGCUUGAGUGGGACAAAGUGCAAGUCACUUCACCGGCGUGAUGAGACUGGAAGGCAGAAGGCACGUCAAGGUAGUUCAGGUAAAUGUAUCACCUUCGUCUUACCCAGCCUUGGAGGGAUGUUUUUGGUUUUUUAUUUAUUUACCAACAGUCUUGCCUCAUCUGCAAUACUUGAACAGCAAAGAAAGUCAUCCAUGGUAUCCACACGUGCAGGAGUGCUGUGGAAGGUGCCUUCAUCUUCUGUUGGUUUCUGCUGAAACUACACAAGUUGUGUUGUUUUUUUUUUCCCCUUUCCUGUUCUAAAUGCUCAGUGGGGCACAUGCUUCUGUUACCAAACCAAAUCCCCAGUUUUGGAUACUGAGUGCAAUAAAGGUUGUAAAGAUCACA